UCUACGCAAAAACCCCACGACCCAUGAUGAUGGGCUCCAUCCAUAUUCAUUGAAGCACUCCAUAUAUCUAUAUAUAUAUUUGUAUAUAUAAACAUAUAUAUAAAAACCUACUUGAAUGACAAGAGAAGAUACCACAAGCCUUUUGCCCUCCUCCUCCUCCUUCUUCCUCUGACCACUCAGGCCCAAGUGGAUCAAUCAAUUACCACCACAGCGGCCAUGAGAAAGCCCGAGAAAAAGAACGGCGGCGGCAAUGGCAAGAACGGUGAUGUCAAGCUUAGGAAGGGCCUGUGGUCCCCCGAGGAAGACGAGAAGCUCAUGCGGUACAUGCUCAGCAAUGGGCAGGGAUGUUGGAGCGACGUGGCGAGGAACGCUGGGCUGCAGCGGUGUGGGAAGAGCUGCCGGCUCCGGUGGAUAAACUACCUCCGGCCCGACCUCAAGAGAGGCGCCUUCUCUCCCCAGGAGGAGGAGCUCAUCAUCCACCUCCAUUCGCUUCUCGGAAACAGGUGGUCUCAAAUAGCUGCCCGCUUACCAGGACGUACAGAUAAUGAAAUAAAAAAUUUCUGGAACUCGACCAUCAAAAAACGGCUCCGGACUUCUUCGUCUGAGCCAAAAGAAGUGAUGGAAGCUGGUGGAGGACUCAUCUUCUUGCAGGAGCAAGGCAUUAAUCACAGCAUGCCUCUCAUGUACAUGGAAUCCCUGUUGUCUUCUUCGUCCUCCUCGACUUCUUCUCUGCAACACAUCGACGGCCCCAACUAUCAGAUGGUCCUCGAUCCGAAGUUAGAAAUCCCCUUUAUGGCACAAGCAGCUGGCAACUUCGAAGGGAUUGAAAGGGACCAACUAUUUGUUCCUCUUCCUCAGCUAGAGAGUACCAUAAACAGUUUCAUCGAAGAAAACGCCAAGGCCGAGAAUACGACCUCCGACAGCAACAUUAGCAGUGACAACGUCCUUUUCAACAACAUCAACAGCUUCAGUGUAACAGACAACUUGAACAACUACGUCGGAAAUCCGGAGGAGACAAAAACAGUAGGCGAAUGGGACCUCGAGGAGUUACUGAAAGACGUUUCCAACUUUCCCAGCUUCAUCGAUUUCCAAUGAGCUCUAGACGACAAAUCAUUUUCCUCCUUGCAAAUACGUUUUCAACCUUCUGGGUUUUUCUUAACACGUUCGAUGAAAACUUUUACGUGUUUUUAAACAGUCCUACACAUAAAAUUUCGAACUUAAAACUAUAACUCUGUUCAACUAACCCCUUCUUUCCAAAAAUUGCAUAUACAUACAAACACUAGUAACCUUUCCCUUUCUAGCCCUUCUCCAUAUGUCUAGCUCACCCCGAUAGCAUUUUUACGUUUUCGAUCGCUUCUUCUAUUGACAAUCCGAAAGCUUCAAUAAUGGUCUCUUGAAAAGGAAAUGUGCAUGCACAUAUUGAAUAAGAUCAGGUACAUAUGUUGGUCUUCCAUUGUAUACGACACAGACUAUGUACGUAGUUAGAAUUUGGCGGGGAAAAAGAUUGUGUUUGUUGUUGGGAACGCAUAUGUUAUGUUAAAUGUAGUGAUUACUCGGAAUUAGACAGAAGUAGAAUAAUGGAGUUGUACGUAAGACAUUGAAAAGUUGUAAGCGAUGUAUCAAUUCGAGGAAACAUAUUAUAAAAUCUCUCCUAUCUCUUUCUCUCCCCCA